UCCCAAGUCCAAAGAACCUGCUCGCCGUGACACGCAUGUUUAGCGCGCAAACCAAUUCUUUCUUUUCUCUUUAUGUAUGUAUGCACCAAGUACAAUACAAUUAUACAAAGCCUCCUCUCCUUCCUCGAUCAACAUCAAUAACUCAGUACAAUCACUAUGGGCAAACAGAAACAACAAGUGAUUUCUCGCUUCUUUGCACCAAACCCCAAAACCCCAUCAAACCCUACUCCCUCUUCUCCACCCCCACCUCCAAAAAUCUCAACUACUGUCAAUUUCUCACCAGCCAAACGCGCCCUUAACUCCCAGUUCAUUUCUUCCACUAAACCCCCCAAAACCCCUAAACUCUCUCCUCAUACCCACAACCCCAUUCCAUCUCUUCACCAAAGAUUUGUGGAGAAGCUUUUAGAACCUUCUCAGGACCUUCUAGAGCCUUCUGGGGAGUCGUCACUUGUGGGCCCUUCUGUUAAGUACACUCCUCUGGAACAGCAAGUGGUGGAGCUUAAAAGAAAGUACCCUGAUGUUCUGUUGAUGAUUGAAGUUGGUUACAAGUUUCGGUUUUUCGGACAGGAUGCUGAGAAUGCUGCUAGGGUUUUGGGGAUUUAUGCUCAUAUGGAUCAUAAUUUUUUGACUGCCAGUGUGCCUACUUUUAGGUUGAAUGUUUAUGUUAGGAGGCUUGUGGGGGCCGGUUAUAAGGUUGGAGUUGUUAAACAGACUGAAACUGCGGCGAUUAAGGCUCAUGGUUCGAAUCGGUUAGGACCAUUUUGCAGGGGGUUAUCGGCAUUGUACACUAAAGCUACAUUGGAGGCGGCUGAGGAUGUGGGUGGUGGAGAAGAAGGGUUCGGUUCGUGUAGUAAUUAUUUGGUUUGUGUUGUUGAGAAUGUGGACAUUGGGGGGAUUGAAAGUGGAUGUGAUUCGAAGAUUGGAAUUAUAGCGGUUGAGAUUUCAACCGGAGAUGUUAUUUAUGGGGAGUUUGAUGAUAAUUUUAUGAGGUCUGCGCUUGAAGCGUUGCUUUUGAGAUUGUCACCUGCGGAGUUACUUCUUGCAGAGCCCCUCUCAAAACAGACUGAAAAGUUACUAUCAUCAUAUGCUGGUCCAACGUCAAAUGUCCGGGUGGAGCAUAUAUCACGAGAUUCCUUCAAUCAAGGUAGUGCACUUGCUGAAGUAAUGGCAUUGUCUGAUAACAAGAGUGAUAGUCAGCUAGUAAAAAACUUGCACAAAGAAACAGAGGUGGAAACAGAGGCAGCUGACUGCUCGACAAAUGAGGGAAUUGUAGAUAUGCCUGACAUGGUGGUCCAAGCAUUAGCCUUGACCAUUCGUCACCUGAAGCAAUUUGGUUUUGAGAAAAUUUUGUGCUCCGGAGCUUCAUUUCGACCCUUGUCCGGUAGUAUGGAAAUGACUCUGUCUGCCAAUGCUAUGCAACAAUUAGAGAUUUUGAGGAAUAAUAUUGACGGGUCUGAGUCUGGCUCCUUGCUGCAAUGUAUGAAUAACACACUUACCAUUUCUGGAUCAAGGAUCCUGAGGCACUGGGUGACUCACCCUUUAUGCGACAGAAACAUGAUACAUUCUCGUCUUGAUGCUGUGUCUGAGAUUGCUGAAUCCAUGGGUUCAUACAAAGCUUCUCAAAGUAUUAACUGCGAUGAGGAAGACUCUAAUGUUACUAUUGUGUGCCCCAAAUUACAUCAGGUUCUUUCUUCAGUUUUGACUUUCUUAGGAAGGUCACCUGAUAUUCAGCGUGGGAUUACAAGAAUAUUUCAUCGAACAGCAACAACAUCAGAGUUCAUUGCUAUUAUUAAAGCCAUCUUAGUUGCUGGGAAGCAACUUCAUGAGCUUCAUGUUGAGGAAGAAGGUCGUAACACAAUAGUAGGGAAAAACAUUGUGCACUCUGUGUUGCUAAGGAAAUUAGUUUUGACAGCUUCAUCAUCCAGAUUAAUUGGUAUUGCUGCAAAACUUUUGUCAUCCCUGAACAAGGAUGCUGCUGAAAAACAGGAUCUUCAAAAUUUAUUUAUCAGUACUGAUGGACAAUUCUCAGAGGUUGGUGAAGCGAGAACAAAAGUCCAGUGUGCAAAAGAAAAAUUGGACUUAUUGAUUAAUUCCUACCGCAAACAGCUUGGUAAACGCAAUUUGGAAUUCACAAGUGUUUUAGGGACAACACACUUGAUUGAGUUGCCUGCAGAUGUGAAAGUUCCUUCCAAUUGGGUAAAAGUGAAUAGUACAAAAAAAACUAUACGUUAUCAUCCACCUGAAGUCUCAACUGCUCUGGACCAGCUGUCACUAGUCACUGAGGAACUCACUCACAUCUGCCGAGCUGCUUGGGAUAAUUUUCUUAAAGAAUUUGGCAGAUACUAUUCUGAGUUCCAAGCUGCUGUUGAAGCACUAGCUUCUUUGGAUUGCUUACAUUCACUUGCCGUUCUUUCAAGAAAUAAGGGUUAUGUUCGUCCAGUUUUCGUGAAUGAUAAUGAUCCUGUUCAGAUAUCUGUCCGUUCUGGUCGUCACCCAGUUCUUGAGUCUAUAUUACAAGAUAGUUUUGUCCCGAACGAUACAAAUAUGCAUUCUGAUGGUGAGUACUGUCAGAUCAUUACAGGACCAAACAUGGGUGGAAAGAGUUGCUAUAUUCGCCAAGUCGCUCUCAUUGCUAUUAUGGCUCAGGUUGGCUCAUUCGUACCAGCGUGUUCUGCAAGUUUGCAUGUGUUGGAUGGCAUUUACACUAGAAUGGGAUCUUCUGACAGUAUUCAGCAAGGAAGAAGCACCUUUUUAGAAGAACUGAGUGAGGCUUCUAACAUACUACACAGCUGUUCACCUCGCUCGUUGGUUAUCAUUGAUGAGCUCGGAAGAGGCACUAGCACACAUGAUGGAGUAGCAAUUGCUUACGCUACGUUACAGUAUCUACUUGAGGAGAAAAGAUGCAUGACUUUGUUUGUCACCCAUUACCCAAAAAUUGUUGACAUCAAGACUCAGUUUCCCAGAGCUGUAGGAGCUUACCAUGUUUCAUAUCUGACGUCUAAGAAAGAUCCAUCUACAGAUAGAAAUAAUGAUCAAAGAGUUGACACCAUGAACUAUGAAGAUGUGCUUUACCUUUAUAAGCUUGUACCAGGUGUUUCCAAGAGUAGCUUUGGGUUUAAAGUUGCUCAGCUUGCUCAGCUACCUGCUUCAUGUAUUAGUCAAGCUAUUAGCAUGGCUGUAAAGCUUGAAGCAGCAGUAAGCAACAGAAGGAAGAACAGGCUGGCAUGCAAUCACUCAAACGAAUCGGCUUCACCAGAUAACGAAGCAAAGCAUGCACCAAAGAGACUGACUGAACAUAUUGAAGAUACCUGUGCAGAAGAAACUGAGGACCUAGAGGAACUUUGUACGGUCUUCAGAGAGAUCUUUUUGAAUAUAAAUUUAGCUAGUUCAGUAGAUGGUGAUCUUGAAAAGUGUUUUCAACUAUUGAACCACGCUAGAGGUCUUGCAUUGGAGUUGAUCAAUAGAUGAUCGCAGGCCUUGGUUAUUGAUAUGAAGUGAAGAGAACUGCAGCAAUGGAAACAGAGAAAAGGUUGUUGUAUGCUAGUAUUACUUUUUGUUAAUAUUGUAACGGUAAAUUAGUAGUACAAUUUGUUGGUUUUAAAGUUAACUUCAUUUCUUGUCUCUUUAAAAUGUUAGCUUGUAAUCU